AUGGGCAACUUCGACUCAAGUUUUGUUAGUAAGCUAGCAGUUGAAUCAUGGAGUUUAUACGGAGUGAUUAUACUUAUGUUUCUCCUUAGGAUGUAAGCUGCCGCCUCUCCAAUGGACAGCCCACCUUUUUGUUAACGUACUGAUAUUGUUUUCAGGUAUGCACGAAUCCAUCGACUUGGAAUUGGUCAUUUGCAAAUAGAUGAUUAUGUUAUGAUUUUGGCCGGCGUAAGCUUGUUUUUCUGUUUCAAAGAUAUACUCAUUUGAAAUGCCACUAAUGCGGUAUUUCGGUGCUCUAGUGUUCCUAUACCGUACUCGUUGUCUGCCUCAAUAUCACAUUUGGAAUAGGAGGCAGCAAUCUUUAUCCACCGGAACAAUUCGACAGUUUCACCCCCGAGGAUAUCAAAGAACGGAUUCAGGGGUCCAAACUUGUUGUGGUAUCUGAGCAGGUAGAUAUGUUUUCUUUCUCCUAUUUUCAGCUGAUAUUUUUCAAUUUCCAUCCAGUCUAAUUGUCUUACAGGCAAUGCUCAAUGUCAUAUACUGUGUCAAAGCUUGUAUGCUCAUACUGUAUACCCGCCUCCCCCUCAGUCUCUACAGACAACGUCUGGUAACCUGCCUUUCAGUUUACGUCCUCUUAGGAUGGCUAGGAACUCAAAUCGCAUUCUUCACAGCAUGUCGACCAUUCAGCGGAUACUGGGCCAUGCCACCACCUAGUUCUCAAUGCGCAACACUCAAGUACUACGCAAUUGUCCAAGGAUGUUUCAAUAUCUCCUCCGACUCCCUGAUUCUCCUUAUCCCACUCCCUCUCAUCACUCGUCUCAACGUUCCCUGGCGUCACAGAUUGGUCUUAUCUGGGAUCUUUGGACUAGGCAUUUUCGUCAUCAUCGGUGCGAUAUUGGCGACGGUUUUCAAUUUUGAACAUAUCUACCAGCCGACUUAUAUGCUCUGUUACAUGAGGGAAAGCUCCGUGGCAAUUUAUGUGGCGAACAUUCCGCUCAUUUGGCCUUUGCUCAAAGAGAAGGUGCCAGGCAUGAAGAACUUUACUCCUGGUCAUAAAUCUGGUUAUUCUGCAUCGCAGAGUGUGUAUGAGAAGCGGGAUAAUAUGCGUCGAGGAUCGGAAAGGAUACGAGCGGAGUAUGAAGGAGAUUUCGAUGAUUAUAGUGAGAUGGGAUCCACUGUCACUACUAAAAUUCGGGGGAAUGAUCAGUUUUGCGGAAUCAGUGCCAUCAAACAACCGGGCCACUUGGUGAGAAGUUAUAGUGAAAGGGACUUUUUGCACAUUAACACCCGAGGCGAUAUUGGAAGUGGUAUCCAUUUGAGUACGACUACAAUUCAAGUCUGCACCCAGACUUCAGGCAAAAAUGAAACUAUUAGUCCUCAAGCGGAUUUAGAAAGCUACAUUCCCACUUUUCCAAAUAUUGAAAAGAGCGAGUCGAGGAGCAGCAAAUUCCGUGAGGAAUUUUCUGAUACAGAGUUAGGGUAG